AUGCUUGAAUACUUUCCUGACGAAAUUCUUCUUCAUGUUUUCGAAUAUUUUGACAUACGUGAUUUAUAUGAUUCAUUCUACGGGUUAAAUUCUCGAUUGAAUUCGAUAAUCUGUGCGAAGAAGAAUCUCUCCAUAGUUUUCUCAUCUCCUGAUGAUAUGAAUGAUUCGUUUUGUGAUGCAUUUACAAAUUAUAUCGCCAAAUUAGUCGUCGACCAUUCAAGUUAUAUCGAUUUUCAAGCAUUUCCAUCGUUACAUUCUCUUAUAUUGAACAGUCCAUCAGAUGAUCAAUUAGAACAAAUAUCUUAUUGUAAAUUCCCUUAUUUGGUCCAUUUAGAAUUCGGUAUUAUGAGUAAUACAUUGGCCUAUCGUACUUUAUAUGAAAUUCUGCACAGUCAACAAUUCCCUUGUUUGAAAACAUGUAUAUUUCACCAUGAAACAAAUGUUGUUUCACUGAAUCGCUAUCGACAAAUUUGGUCUAACUCAUCAACACUUCGAACAGUUUGGUUGAGCUCGGUGGAUUUAUCUCUUCGAUCAAAUCCUGAACUGCUUAAUCAGGCGAAGAUUCUCUCCACGGAUGUUAAGCAUUUACAUUUGAAACGAUUGGAUAUUUGCUGCACGUCAGAUGGCCCAUCGAUUAUUGAAAUCGAUCAUUUCCUUUAUCAAAUGCCAAAUUUAGAAAAAUUUAACAUUGCCUCGAACGAAGUUUACUAUUCAUACGAGUUCUUGCAACAAUUGGCUUCUAUUCUUAACCGGCGACUUCGUUAUCUGAACGAAUUUCAUUGUGAACUUCUAUGUUUAAUGACAAAUGAAGAACUCGAGCAAUUACCUCGAUUGCAUGCAUGUUUUAAACAUAUUCAAUGUGAAUCGAAAUACGGUGGUCAAUGCAUUAGAUUAUUCACAGAAUAA